AUGGAAGAAGGAAGCAUGGCGAUGGCACCGGCCGAGAUCAUGCUGGACGCGGUCCGCGCGGAAGAGGCCUGGACAGGCGUCGAGCUGCUCGUCUGCGCAGUGCUCCAGCUGCUCCUCGUCUUCCUCGGCUACCGACUCGACCGCGCGACGACCCACACCAUGAUGAUCCCCGAGUCGGCGUAUGCGAUCGUCUUUGGCCUCUGCUUUGGCGCCGUGCUCAAGUUUUGCACGCCCGUCGACAAGAUCGGGCUCAACCCGCAGGUCCUCUUCUUCGGCCUCUUGCCGCCCAUCAUCCUCGAAGCGGGCUUUAGCAUGAAGAAGCGUGGUUUCUUCACCAACUUUUCGACCAUCUUGCUGCUCGCGAUCGUCGGCACGCUUGUGGCGACGUUCAUCACGGGCGGGCUCUUGAUCUGGCUCGGGCAGCUCGGGCUCAUCACGGCGCUGACGCCGGCCGAGGCGUACCUCUACGGGUCGCUCAUCUCGGCCGUCGACCCCGUCGCGACGCUCUCGGUCUUCAAGAAGAACGACGCACCGCCCAUGCUCUUCAACCUCGUCUUUGGUGAAAGCGUCCUCAACGACGGCGUUGCGAUUGUGGUUUUUACACUCUUCCAAGAGUUUAUUCGCCAUGGCAUCAGCGACGUCGACCACCACGCAGCGCUCAUGGUCGUGCUCAAGGUCAUCGCCAUCGGCAUUGGCUCGGUAGCGCUCGCGGCCGCCGUGUGCUUUAUCUCGGCCUUUAUGCUCAAGAUUGCCGACCCGAUGCUGCAGCAGUACCCGCACUAUGAGAUCUCGAUCGUGCUUCUCUCGGCCUACAUUAGCUACGUGGUCGGCGACCUCGCGGGUCUCUCGGGCAUCGUCGCGCUCUUCUUCUCCGGCGUCCUCAUGAGCCAUUACCACUUGACCAACAUGUCGCAGGAGAGUGCGACCGCGCUCAAGCAUCUCUUGUCGACGCUCGCGUUUCUGGCCGAGAACUUUAUCUUUCUGUACCUCGGCGUCUCGGUCGUGGCCUACUCGUCGUCGUUCAAGUGGGACUGACGUGGCGCAGGCCGCGCAGCACCGACUGCAUCUUCUCGGUCUGCAGGACCGGGUUGGGCCGGACGCAGGCGCGCUUGGUCGCUGCAUGCUGCUGCUGCUGGUCGUUGUCGUCCUGGCUCUUGUCGUCCUCGAGGAGCCGGCGCUUCUUGAGCUGCAGCAGCGCCAUGGUCGAU